GAGUCUCUUGACUGGGGACAAAAGAUGAUGAUGGAACAAACAGGAAAAGACACUAACUCCCAAGAAUGCUGCUUGAACCGUUCCUCAAAGAUUUGACUUUGUAGUUCGUAGUAGCCGAGCCGAGACAGAAGGAUCAAGCUAGUCUCCCGAGCGUGGGAUUGAAGGUUCGUGACGAGGCGGUCGCUCAGAGGCAGGUGCAAUGCGGGGGAGGGGCAGCUGUCAAUGACGCAACACCCAAAUAAUUUGCUCCCCCUACCACGACGUGUGACAUUUCGACCCAUCCAAUCUCGCAACCCCAUCCAUAACCAACCAAAUUUACACAUUCACCACAGACCCAAUUGAACCAUCAUGUCUGGCAGCAUCCCCACCUCAACCUCCGUCAGCGAGUCAGCCGUCAUCGAGGCCUCGUUCAGCGACGUCUGGCACCUGAUCAAGCUCCAGGACUUCAGCAAGUUCUGGUCCAAGCUCGAGAAGAGCGAGUGGGUCAAGGGUGCGUCCGAGGAGACAGACAUUGUCAAGUGGACAUUCAAGGAUGGCGCCGUCCUUGAGGUGAAGCAGGAGGAGCACUCGAGCAUCGACUACUAUAUCACCUACAGCGUCAUCUCGUCGAAGCCUGAAUUGAGCUAUUCCUCAGUCGUCUCCACGAUCCGCGUAUACCCUAUCACGUCGGGCAAGCACGAGGGACAGACCUACAUCACCUGGUCCGGCAACUUCUCGAGCGAUGCCGAUGCGAGCGUUAUUCAAGACGCCAAGUUCAAGCGCCGUGAGGCUCUUGCCGACUUGGCACAGGCCGCCUCCAAGAAAUAGGCUUCAAAAGGCAUACAUAUGGAUACUGUGACGGCCAUGGACUUCACGUCUUAGGGUGACUACCUCCCCAUGCCUCUUGGCUUCUGGGUGUCCAAAUGAAGCUGCACGUCCAUGUGGGAAGGCAUGGAAUGGAAUGUAACUAUACAACCACGACUGUAUUAUAUCACGGCCAAUCUGCUUGAAAAUGACUUGGGAUGAUUUCCUGUAUGACCGCUAUAUGUUCUUAUUGUGACGUUGUCGUGGUUGGUCUAUUUCUUGACACACUCAGCAGAGUACUGUGUAAGUAUUGAACAUGUGUGAGGAUCCAUACCUUCCUAUGUAUAAGAAAAGUACAGAAGAGGGUAUUGAAAUAUCUAACCCUCACGACAAGAUAAGGCUGCCCGUAUUACUCACUCACUUAUUUCUCAUGUUCGGAUUCGCAAAGCAC